AUGAGCGAACCGUCCGAUAAGAACAGCUCCACUCAAGAAGAAUCCACAAAUCCAAUGUUUCCAGAGAAAAGCAGUCAGAUUGGACAAAAGCAACUGCAACAGAUAGAACGGCAGUUGAAAUGCUUGGCAUUUCAAAACCCUGGACCACAGGUGGCGGAUUUUAACCCUGAAACAAGGCAGCAGAAAAAAAAAGCACGGAUGUCGAAAAUGAAUGAAUAUUUUUCUGGGAAGCACAAAGUUAUGAGGAAGUACGACAAAAGCGGCAGGCUACUCUGUAACGACAUGGACCUGUGUGACUGCCUGGAGAAGAACUGCCUGGGCUGCUUCUACCCUUGUCCCAAGUGCAACUCCAACAAGUGCGGGCCUGAGUGCCGAUGCAACCGGCGCUGGGUUUAUGACGCCAUUGUCACCGAGUCUGGAGAGGUCAUCAGCACCUUGCCGUUUAGUGUUCCUGACUAG